GGGAAUGUUUCUCCACUGAGAGAUGUCCAGGUAACACAGUUUUGUUUCUUUACAGUGGCUCUGAGAAGGGAAGUAGUGUGACUGAAACACCUGUAAUCAAAAAGCACAAUGGACUGCAUCUCACUCUUCCAGAUGCUCAUGACACUGAUUCUGGAUCACAACGAGCCUCUUCCCUUGCUGCAUCAAGAUUGGAACAGGCCAUGUCUGAAAUAACUAUGCAGAGCAGUGCAAUGAAGCAGGGACCUGUGAAGCUGUGGACAACUCUUGAACAAAUUUGGCUACAAGCUGCUGAACUCUUCCUGGAACUGCAGCAUCUCAAAGAAGCAGGCUUUUGUACCCAGGAGGCAGCUAGUCUUUUCCCCACAUCUCAUGCUGUACUGUACAUGCGUGGGAGGCUUGCAGAGAUGAAAGGCAAUUUGGAGGAGGCUAAGCAAUUGUAUGAUGAAGCACUCACAGUGAAUCCAGCUGGAGUGGAAAUUAUGCACAGCCUGGGCCUGGUGCUGAGCAGACUUGGGCGGAGGGAACUGGCCCAGAAAGUCCUCAGAGAUGCCGUCCGGAUCCAGACCACCAGUCACAUUGCCUGGAACAGCCUUGGAGAGGUCUUGCAAGCUCAGGGGAAAAAUGAAGCAGCCAUUGAAUGUUUCCUUACUGCCCUGGACCUUGAAUCCAGCAGUCCUGUCAUUCCAUUCACCGUCAUACCCAGGGAGCUCUGAAGCUUUUCCAUGUAGCUAAGAACUUUCAUUGUGUGGACAGACAACAAAAUCAAGCAGAUAAACAAAGAAAAAGCCCUACAGAGAAGUGCCAUUGUAACCUUGAACUGGGCUAAAUAAUUCCAAGAUGGGGCUCAGGUCUACAGGCUUAGCUUAGACAAGCCAAACUGUAGAAGAAUUUGCAACAGGCAGAAACAGAGAAUGCCUUUUUCUUCACAGGUGCCUGGCUAACCUCCUGUUCAAGUUAAUAGCAAGGCUUAUUUUAAAGUAUUGGUUCAAAGUGACUGUAGAAAGAAUGUACUAGGGUACAGCUGUUCAAAGCACUUGCGCCUUUCAGUGUUCAUUGAAAAUAAAACCCCCAAGCCCUGAAUUAAGCCCAGACCUGCUCUGGAGUAAAUUCACCGACUAACUUGACCAAGUUGUGUUUCAGUAUGUGGCUGUCUCCCCACAGAUCUAACAGGACAAGUAUCACAAUUGCACCAAAUAGUCAUGCAGUAUAUGCUGUUUGCAAAAUUAUUUCAUCUGUUUUGGUAAUCCUAUUUCCUGCCUUGCUUUUAUAUACUGUAUAUGCUCAUUAUAUUUAGUGUAGCACUUGCCUAGACCAAUUUAAAUUAAAAAUACUUUUUUAAAAAUAAAGCUGCUAUUGCAGUAUAAUUCACAAAAGCAGAAAGACCAAAGAUCAAAUCAAUUCACACUUGAACUAGUAUUAAAAACACAUAAAUAUAUCCACUUACAUAUUAAUUGAAAGGCUUUACAUGAAGUUACUAAUUAUAAACUCUGAGCUUCAUUCUUAUUAAUCACCUAUUGCAUCCGUUUAGUGAGGAAUGUAGUGUUUACCAGUAUAUAGUGACUGAACUCUGUGCCAUAGACUGCGUUACCAUUCCUGGCACAAAAUAUUUUCAUAUCCAUCUUUUGAUGAUGCAAAAGAAGGCAGCGGUCUUUUAAGGGAAAGUGUGCUGAAGGCAGUAUGUAUGUAUAUGAAUUGCUUCUUCCUUAAAAUUAAAUCUUCAGAUUGUCCAUAGAUUGUCCAUAGAAAUUUCACAUUAGAGGUUCGGAAUUGAGCCUUCAAUGCCUGAUGAGUGGCAUCAUUUUGCAUCUCCUAUCAGAUGUAAUAGUGAGGACCUUCUGAUCCAUACAGCCUCCCCAUGGCUGUGACAGCCAGGGAGGGGAUGCAGCUGGCAGCCUUGCUGAGCUGCUCCUUAGCUCAGCAUGACCUCCCCGGGGCCUUGGCAGCGAGGUGAAGCCGGACUGUGCUGUCACACAAGAGCCAGCCCUGUCCAGACCAGUCCCAAGGUAAAGAAGUAAAGAUGAUGCAGAAAUUUGCUCCACUUUUCUAAACAAAAAAAAACUUUUUUAAAAAAAAGCAAAACAAAAACAACACCUAAAAAAAAAAAAAAAAAAAGGUUGGGGCUUUGCACCCAUUUUUGUCCAAAGAUUUAUGACUUAAAUUUGCACUAAAGCAUACUUUGUACUAUAAUUCUGCCCAGUAUUGUGAACCACAACUACUUCACUCUGGAAAUAAUAAUAUCCUCAGGCAAUAAAUAAGAUGGGGCUGUUUCUUACUGAGCCUGAGGCUCUGAGAGCAGGCUUGAAGUCAUCAUUAUUUACAGUUAUUUGGAAAUCAGCAUGUUAAUGGAGAGCUGGCUCCUUGUGCUGCUCCCAGCCCACACCAUCAGAGAGCUCCUACCCCCAGCCUUCCCUCAAGGUGCCUGCACCAAGGGAAUCACACUGGUCUCAGGUUCCUCGCAGCAAUCUGGUGCACUCCCAGGCCAAUAUUUAUAUUUUUUGCCCUUUAAAUUAUGCAGAUGCAAUAGCCUAGGCUAUUUAUCUGUUCACUGAGGGAUUCCAGAUCUGCUCUAUGCUGAUUUCACUCCAGGUGAAAUCAGCCCAGCUGUGAAAGGUGCUCAGUCCAUGAGUUCUCUGUCUUUCCAGUGCCACACAGGCCCCCAGAUGGACUAUUUUAGGCCAGGGGUAGGUUUCCAAGGAGAUAGUGUUCCCCAGCUGCAUUCCUUGUUUGAAAAAGCACCAGCAGCAGAGGAAGGAGUAGGUGUUAAAGUACCUGAAUUAAAGGAGUUUUAUGAAGACAGAAAGAUGCAGCCGAGACACGUUUUGCUGUGAAGGAUGCUAUGAAGUCAGCUUGCUCUGCACUGAGGGGAGAAAGAGGGAAGGGGAGGGGGAGAGAUUCUGUUGUUGACAUAAUAUAUAAAUUGUUACCCAGAUGUUUUAAACCCAGUUCCAGUCAGAUGCAAUCUGACAGUAGAUUUAAGCAGAGAAAUAUAUAGAUUCAUACUAGAUUACUAGAUUAUGGUGUUUGUUCUGCUCCACAGUUCCCAGGGUAGGAGCAAACCUUCUGUGUAAGACACAAAACAAGAGCCUGUGUGGUCGCACAUCGCUGUUCUGUUGUGCAGUGUGUAUUUGCAAAGCACUGCCAUAGCAACUUCUGUGUACUGGGUAGCUAUCUGAGUACAAGCUGCGCAUCUACCUCUGCAACCAAGAUGCUUCUUUAAGAGGUCCAUAAUAUAGCUGGUCUGUGACCUGGCAGUUGGGUGCCUGUUUCCCAGCAGCAGCUGAAAAGCACUCACUCACAGAUCCAUUUGCUUCUGUAUGCAUAGCUUGUAAACAGCCACCAGCCCAUCACGUUUGCUGUGAUCAGGCAAACUUCAUGCUGAUGAGAAUCAGACUUGCCACAGCACUCAUCUUCCUGGUAGAGGGGCAAACAUUCAUGAAUGUUUUGAAUGCAUCAACAAGUCAGAUGUUGCCAAGGUAGUCCCAUGUUGUGUGCAUUAAUGAGCGUUGCUGGCACUGGAAUCUCCAAUAACUUUGGGGAACCAAUUCUGCAAGUUUUAUCACUGACUUGAGUCUUAACAGUUUUCUCAUUCAUUAGUUUUGAAAGAGGAAGAUAAAAAGCCCACAUCAUUGCCUAAACUAUCGCAUUUCUCUUGUUCCAUCACAAGGUUCUUUUCCAUUUUUUUGGAUUUCAUGCAAAAGGAAAAAAUAAUUAUCUUCUAUUUUCCUGUUGUGCAGUGAAGGAGUUGCCUUUGACCAACAAGGAGGAUUGUAUAUUGUAACAAAACUGACUCUGCCGUUAGGAUAACAGGAGAAGCCAAACAGGCCAGGGCAUAGCUCCCCUCCCUGCCUUAUCCCAUGUAAACUGUCAUUAGCGCCACUGGAGCAGUUGGUUAUGAGCAUUCUCCCAGCUGAGGGUCUGCCCACCUGUGUACUCAUUCCAUACAGGAGUACAGUGAAGCUGCAGACUCCUGUGCCACACAAGGACCUCAUCCGUUUCUAUGGGUAACAAUUUGUGCUACUGAUUAUCACAAUGCCUCAGAAGUGCUAAUUAUCUUUUCUUGGUAAUGACUAAUAAAUCCAAAUGGAGAACAGUCCUGGAGGGUGUUUACUUUAAAAUUCACUGGCUGGGUACCAAAGCAGGCACAGCACUGGCUGCUGCAGUUUGAAUUACACUUAUUUUGUCGAGAGUCUAGGUACUUAAUGAGUUUGGCUCGUUUGUAUUUCCUUUUAAUGACAGCAGAGUGGGAAACGAUCCUUUUUAGUGAAAAGACAUGACUGCCAUUUUUUCAGCCAAUCCAACAGAGAUUUGAUAGUUGCAGUUCAGCCUACAUGAGGAAGACUUCCCAAAGCAACUGUGCGCAGCAGUAAUUCCCUCUGACUCAAUUGUAUUACAGGCACGUUUGACAAUUAGGCAAUGGGCAUGUGGAGCUGAGAUGCCUUUCCCUCCUUACUUAGCUAAGGGGAGCUGCUUUGUGCCCAAAGGGACAGCUAUGGCACCCGUCUGCAUGCCCAUCAGCGCUGCCCUGGCGCCUGCCACCUGCAGGGUGGCUGCUGCCACCAGCCCAGUGAGUCUUGUAGGCCAGCACCCCAUCACUUGUGCUGCUUUAAUGACCCUCAGACUGCUCCCUAAGCCUGGCUCCAAGGGACAGUUUCCUUACUGCUGCGUUGUUCAGUGCUGCGGCAUAUCAGUGCAUGAUCAGAUAGAAGGUUGUUUUUCCCAGAAAUAGAAAGCUGAAUCAUCCAUCAAUCAGUGAUGUUGGUGGGAGGGGAGGUAACCACUGACCCAGCAGUUGCCAAGAUGGUUCCUCCAACUUUACUUCUAAUGAACUGGCUUGUGCCUUCAGCUCCAGGAAACCAAGGCAGGUUCCCAAGUGAACUGGAUACUAAAAGAUCCAGCUCGUUUUCCCACAGAAACACAUACCAGUCAGUGGCUUAAACUACUGAUGGAGAUGCAACGCUGUCCCAUUGCAUAGCAGCCCAUGAUGAUACAAGAACUUCCCUGAGCCAGUGCAGAGAGGUGCUUAGCUUUUGCACAUCCAUGCAUGUCCUACAUGCCACUCUGAUACUGUUGUCAAGGGUGUCAGAAUCAGUUUUCCGUGUAACUUAACUUUUUUUGUCAUUGUAAAGUAUUUCCACCAAGUUUAAUAAAAUUGACCCUGUGGAAAACAGAAGUGCUCCUUAUAUUUCCUUCUAAUUUCUGGACUUUUAAUAUAUUCUAAUAUAUUUUAAUAUAUUUUAUAAAUACAUUUUAAUAUAUUCAUGCCAUGGAUGCUUCAAGCAUUAUGAUAUGUCCAGUUGUUGUAUUAACUGGAACCCAGUGUGCCUAGCAGUUGCAAAGGGUAUUUUGGCCUACAUCCUGUAGUUCAUGGGAAAAACAAGAGUGAUCAUGCAAGCAGCAUGCCUUCAGGGAGGAACAGAGCCAGGAAAAUGGAGCGAUGUAGCUUUUUUGGAUUUGUAGAGAUUUAAGCAAGCAUCAUGAUUUUUUUGUGUUUCAUCCAGUAAAAAGAAACAAAGGUAGUGUGAGAAACUCUAACAUCCAGGUAAUAUGCAAAUACUAUGCUGUCAAGUUUACUUUGCCACCUUACUUCAGCCACAAUGUCAUUAAUCAUCGUUUUGCUAUGAACAGUUACUCCUGUGGUUAUUUGGAAAUAAAAUGUCCCCACUCAAGAACUUCCAGAGCAUUCUGUGCAUUUACACAUUAAUCUUUUGGACAGAUUUCAAGAGGGCCUGCUUAAAAAGUCCAUCCUGUAGUUUCAUACUCAAAUGAGAUUAAGGAUGAGGUUUUUGAAGAACAUUUCUUCAUAUCUGUGGCUGCUUUGGUUUAUGAGUGUAUUCAGCAUAGCUCAAGUAGAAUGGGGUUCCUCUGUAGCAAUAAUAAAUUUAAGUCCUUCAGCUGCUUGUACGGACUUCAAAAUUGAAAACUGGAGUGAAUAAAAUACUGGCUUUGACCUUUU